AUGCCCGGCAGGCAUUACUCCAAGUUCAUCCCCCCGAGCCUCGACAUGAGCGAGCUCGUGUGCCAGAAGCUCGACAACGAUGCCACAGACAUGCUCAUCGACAAAUGGCUCGAGCGCCCCCAUCGUCCCGACUCUUACUUCGACUGGUUCCAGCGCAUCCGCGAGCACAAGCAUGUUGCCCACCACUGCUGCCGAGAGCAGCUCCUCCUCUGGAACAAGGGAGUCUUCGUCCCCGAGAACAUCUUUACCCGCACAGUCGACACUGGCCGUCUCAUCCCCCUCGACCGCACUUGGGUCACCCAUGUCUACCACCACCGCUCGAUGAAGCGCCUUACGAUGAUGCCGGUCAUCUUUAGCAUGGUGAGUGUUCGGGUGACUUCGUUUCAUGAAGCGCAAUUGAUGCUCCUCCGAGGCAUGCACGACCGCGGUUGCGACGAUAUUUAUGUCAUCGUGACAGAUCUCAAGCGCCAUGAAAUGGAUCAAGUAGCCGAUUAUUUCCAGUAUGUCUGCCAGAAUACAGCCACGGGGAACUGUAAGCCCAGUGUCGAGCGGAAAAUCAACCAUGAUUACAUUUUGCUCAGCAGCGCCCUGGAUCGAAGAACUCCUUGCUUCCCCCAAAUCGAUCUCACGCUGCGCGCUCUUCUUCACGAGAAGCGGCCCCCAUUUAUCGUCCUCUUUUCUCAUCAAACCAUGUCCUACUCGCAAAUUCUGUUCGCCCACCCCGCAUUCGUUCCUUCCAUGGACAUGUACCACGACUUCCCCAGCGGAUGCCCCAACCCCGGUUGUACGGACAACUGCUGCGAGCUCAUCCGCUUCCCCAAGCACGGUCCGGAGUACGCAGUCGUCCUCUCCCCUCGGUCGAAGAAGAAGGUUCGCUACCGGUAUGGACGACGCGCCCAUCCCCACGAAAUGUGCAACUGGAUCGAAUGCGACAUCUGCUUCACCGAGGAGCUCGUGCCCUCCAGCGGGUCGGAGGGCAGCGUGGAUGAACGGAGCGAUGCGAGUAUGUGCGAUCCUACCGGCCGCGCAAAAUCCUUCGCCGGUCUCGUCUGUAGCCGAUGCAAGCUGGUGAAGUACUGCUCCGCCGAGCAUCAGCGGCUCGAUUGGGAAGAGCAUAGGCGCGUAUGUAUCAAGUCGGACGACUAG